GAACUAUGAGUCUAUGACAAGUUUGAGUACUAAAACCGAACUAAAUGUUUUAUAGGUGUCUGUUUAGAAAACAAAAAGAAUAGUGUAUAUGUCUAAAAAUAGUUAAACUGUUGGUGGUUUUUUUGGGAAUUAAUUAAUUACACAUUGUAGAAAAGAAUUUGAACUUUUUCGUUUGUUAGAUAAUUAAGGAGAAAAUUUAUCAACCAAGCUGUGUAAAUCUCUUGUAGUUUUUUUUAUACAUCUUCAUUGUGUUUAGGGUAAAAGAUAACCAAGAACGAGAGAAGAAAGCAAGAGAUUUCUACUACAGAAGAUUUAUUGUAUUCCUUUUGAUCAUUUUGUGUGAUCAACCCAUAAGAACAGAGAGCAGAGAUAGGAAGAGGAACAGAGAAAUGUCCCAUGUUUCGAUCUCUCUUACUGUCUAAACGGCGAAAAAUAAAAUCUGAUCGGUGUCAUUUACUCCAUGAAUAUUAAUUAAUCAGGUUGAGCCCAAGUUAAAGCUGAAUCUUGGGUUUGUAAUGGCUGGUUUUGAUAAUGAAGCUGGUGUAAUGGGAGAAUGGUUUGACUGUAGUAUUAACCACAGGAAGAGAUCAAAAGCGGAACUUGGUAGAGACUUUUCUUUAGAAUACAUCAAGAAAGAGGAUUCUUUGCAUACCAGCUUUCAAGAAACACCGAGUUGUUCACGAGGAGCUCUUCGUGAAAGGAUUGCUGCGAGAUCUGGGUUUAUUGCACCAAGGUUAAACACUGAAGAUAUUCUUCAGUCGACAUAUUUAACCAUCUCUUCUCCUGGUCUUAGUCCUGCAACUCUGUUAGAGUCUCCUGUUUUCCUCUCAAACCCUUCGCUAUCUCCGACAACCGGGAAGCUCUCAUCACUACCUUCUGAUAAGGCUAAAGAAGAGUUAUUUGACGGCAUUACCACAUCCUUAGCCUUCCAAUCCAUUUCAGGAAGUAGCCUUGAUCCUACAAACAUCGCUUUAGAAACCGAUGAUUCCCAAGACUAUGAGGAAAGACAGCUCGGCGGUUUAGGAGACUCGAUUGCUAGUGGUGCACCUGCAGAUGAUGGAUACAACUGGAGAAAAUAUGGACAGAAGCUAGUUAAAGGAAGUGAGUAUCCGCGGAGCUAUUACAAGUGCACGCACCCGAAUUGUGAGGUCAAGAAGAAGGUUGAACGGUCUCGGGAAGGUCAUAUUAUAGAGAUCAUAUACACAGGAGCUCAUAAUCACCCCAAACCUCCACCUAAUCGCCGCUCAGGGAUUGGAUCAUCCGGUACAGGCCAAGACAUGCAAAUAGAUGGAACAGAACAAGAAGGUUAUCCUGGAACCAAUGAGAACAUAGAAUGGACAUCACCUGUAUCUGCAGAGCUGGAAUACGGAAGCCAUUCUGGAUCAAUGCAGGUUCAAAGCGGGACUCAGUUCGGAUAUGGUGAUGCAGCAGCUAAUACCUUAUUUAGAGAUGAAGAUGAAGAUGAUCGCACGUCCCACAUGAGUGUUUCCCUGACUUACGACGGAGAAGUAGAUGAAUCCGAAUCAAAGAGAAGGAAACUCGAAGCUUAUGCAACAGAAGUGAGUGGAACAACCCGAGCUAGCCGUGAGCCAAGAGUCGUGGUGCAGACCACAAGUGACAUUGACAUCCUCGAUGAUGGUUAUCGCUGGCGCAAGUAUGGGCAAAAAGUCGUCAAAGGAAACCCGAAUCCAAGGUUCUUGUAUUCAAAUACUCUGUUCUGCUGCUCUUUCUUUGUUGCAGCUUUUGUCCAUGAAUUUCAUCACAAUCUGUUUUCUAUGAUAUGUAUCAGGAGUUACUACAAAUGCACAGCUAAUGGAUGUACCGUAACAAAGCAUGUAGAGAGAGCCUCUGAUGACUUCAAGAGCGUACUAACGAGUUAUAUAGGCAAGCACACCCACGUUGUGCCAGCAGCACGCAACAGCAGCCAUAUCGGUUCAGGCAGUUCAGGGACUCUCCAAGGUGGUUUAGCGACUCAGACCCAUAACCACAAUGUGCACUAUCCAGUGCCACACAGUAGAUCUGAGGGACUGGCCACAGCCAACUCAUCACUAUUUGACUUCCAGUCACACCUGAGGCCUCCUACAGGUUUCUCCGCUUACAUAGGCCAAUCUGAGCUUUCUGAUCUUUCAAUGCCUGGUCUAACUAUUGGGCAAGAGAAGCUUACCAGCCUGCAGGCGCCAGACAUUGGUGAUCCAGCUGGCCUAAUGUUGCACUUAGCAGCAGAGCCAAAGGUUGAAGCAGUGUCUUUACAGGGACUUGAUUUGUCACCGAGCUCAUUGAUAUACAGAGAGAUAAUGAGUAGAUUACCACAGAUAUGAAACAAAUCUCUUUGUUCA